AUGACAGACCACCACCACCAGCACGCGCACCCCACGCUCCCUGCGUCCGCCAUCGCCGACGCCAACGCCCCGCAGGCAGCCUCGGGGGGCACCGACAUCCGCGCGCACGCCGAGCGGCUCGCGUCCUACUUUCCCGCGAGCGGCCACCCGUCGUCGCUCGCUAUCCAGACCAUCCAGUGCGCGUACCGCAUCAACCUGGUGAACGCGUUCGGUAUCACGGCCGGCGAGCGCGUCCUCGAGCUCGGAUGCGGUCAGGGCGACAUGAGCGUCGCGCUCGCUGACGCCGUUGGCCCCGCUGGCUCCGUGCUGGCCACGGACCCCGCUGAGGGGAGUUACGGCUCGCCGGUCACGCUCGGCCAGAGCUGGGAACACCUCGCCAACGGCCCGCUCAAGGGACGCCUGGCAUACCAGCUCGACUUUGACAUCAACAAGGCCGAGCUGAAGCCGGAAUUCGACGCAGUCGUGCUCGCGCACUGCACGUGGUAUUUCGAGUCGCCGACCGCGGUCCUCACGACGCUUGCGACGGCACGCAAGUUCCUCAAGCCGGGCGGAAGGCUGUGUCUGGCCGAGUGGGACCUCGAGCCGCGGACCAAGGAGCAGAUCCCGCACCUCGUCUCCGCGCUCGUGCAGGGACAUCUGUUCACUGUCGGCCUGCGCACAGGUCUCAACGUUCGCACGCCGCUCAGCCGCGCACAGAUGACCGCACUGUUCCCCAAGGCCGGGCUUGAGGCCUCCCCGCACAAGUUUGUCGACACGAGCGAGCUCCAGGACGCCGACUGGGAGAUUUACAAUGCGCGCUCCGCGCUCGAGGACGCCGAGAAGCCCGAGGCGGGUCUCAGUGAAGGGGGCCUUGCGUUCGCCCGCUCCCAGCUCGACGUCGUCACGGAGCUCGCGGCAAACAGGGGCAACGUGCCGCUGCCGGCAUAUGCAGUCACGGCGACGGUGGCAUAG